CUCUGUCGGAACGUUGCGCGCGCGCGUCAACGUUUUACCGCCAACUCUUAUUGCAUUUACAAAUAAAAUACUAUUUCAAUAUUUAUUCAAUAAAACAAUACGUGAAAUAUAAAGUAAAUUAAGUUUUUUUUAUUCAUUUGUAAUAAAUAAGGUUUUUGUCGCACUAAGAAUUAUAACCUUGAAUUAUUGAACAACAGGUUAAGGCUGUUCAUAGUGAAAGUUUUAAUCUCGAGUUCGAUGACAUAAUAGCAUAACAAUUAUGUGUGUGUUUUAAAUUUUGUGUGGAUUUAAUACAAAUACUGUGAAAGAAAAUAAUUUACUACUAAGGGACUUUUCAACAUGACCAUCCGUAGUAUGACUGUAACCGAUGCCCACGAUACCACGAAGAGAUGCUGCAGAGGGCCAUACAAACUAAGGACAAAAGUGAUAAUAACUGGCCUGGUGCUCCUCGUGCUAGUAUCAGCGUUGAGCGGCUUCCUCAUCGGCAGCGCUGACUACGCGGCAUGGAAGAACUCCGAACCACCAGAUCCAGUACAUCCAUUAAAACCUUCACCGUCUGUUCUGCACGUCUUUCAACGAGCUGCCGUGUGUACAGAUGCACCACAAUGUUCAAAGAUUGGCAGACACAUCCUCACGUCAAAUGGCUCCGCGGUGGACGCAGCGAUCGCGGCGAUGUUCUGCAAUGGACUGUACAACCAGCAGAGCAUGGGCCUCGGCGGUGGCUUCUUCAUGACCGUCUACAUAAAGGAGGAGGGCAGAGCGUACACUGUGAUAGCGCGAGAGACAGCGCCGGCUGCGGCUACGGCUGACAUGUUCCAUGGGAACUAUGAUAAGGCGAAGAAAGGUCCACUGUCUUUAGGAGUUCCUGGUGAACUGCGAGGGUUGUGGGCGGCGUACAAGAGAUGGGGCAAACUCCCUUGGGAGAGUUUAGUUGCCCCAACACUGGAUCUCUGUGAGAACGGCUACGUUAUGUCAAAAGUUCUAUUCGAUGGACUUGAAAGUGCACCGUAUAUCAAGAAUGAUCCUCACUUAAGGAAAACAUACUACAACCCUACAAAAGGCCAGUUCCACAGACCAGGGACGGUGGUGAAGCCGAGUGACGCGUUCUGUAAGACGUUGAAGUUAAUAGCAAGGAAUGGUGGCGAUGAGCUAUACAACGGUAGUCUUGCUGUUGAAUUCUUGGACGACUUGCAGCGCGCUGGCAGUAUAGUUACUGCUGACGAUCUCAGGAAUUACCAAGCGAAGAUAACGGAAUCUCUGGCUGUUCCUCUGAGUAAUGGCGAUGUACUCCACGUCCCGCCCCCGCCGAGCAGCGGCGUGAUCCUUGUCAAUAUACUUAACAUUCUUAGCGGAUACAACUUCACACACAAUAGUAUUAAUACCACCGAAGACAAGAUACUCACAUACCAUCGGAUUAUAGAAGCAUUUAAAUACGCAUACGCGACACGGACAAAGCUUGGAGACGUUGAUUUCUUGGAUUUACGUGAUCUAAUACAAAACGUGACGUCACCAAGCUACGGCGCGGAGAUACGUUCUAGAAUAAAUGAUUCCUCGACCAGCAACGACACGGCGGUGUACGGCGCCGCAGAGUACAACCAGCCGGACGCCGGCACCGCGCACAUCUCUAUCAUAGCCAACAAUGGGGAUGCUGUUUCUGUUACCAGUUCUAUCAACUACUAUUUCGGAGCUGGUUUUACAACUCUUAACACCGGUAUUAUAAUGAACAAUGUAAUGGACGACUUCUCACUGCCGGGCUUUAUUAAUUACUUCGGCUUAAAGCCCUCGCCUGCUAACUUCAUAGCGCCGGGCAAGCGGCCGAUGUCUUCAAUGAGCCCCAGCAUUAUAGUGGACAAGGGCGGCAACGCUAAGCUCGUGAUUGGCGCCUCCGGUGGUACGAAGAUCACCACAGCUGUUGCAUUGGUGGCAAUGCGCAAGUUGUGGUUUGGACAGACAAUAAAGCAGGCGGUGGACGAGCCGCGUUUCCAUCAUCAGAUAUUUCCCAUGAACGCCUAUUAUGAGUACGGAAUUACAAAGGAUAUAAUAAAGGGUUUAAGAGCAAAGGGUCACGGCAUGGAGCGCUACCCCGGCAGGGGCUCUAUAAUCUGCGCCAUGUACAGAAAUAGAACCGGAAUCUACGCCAACGCGGACUUCAGGAAAGGUGGCGACGUCGCGGGCAUUGAUUAACAUAGAAAAAUAAUCUAAUUUAAGACAAUGUAAUUUGGCAUAGCAGCAUUUUAGCGCUCCGUUGCUAGUUGAACGCACAAAUACAGGUUUGUUGAUAUGUAAGCAUUUACUGACUUUAUUUUUUAAUUUAUCGCAAUUUUAAUGUAACUUGCCUGCUUUUAAAGCUAAAGAUGAGUUCAGUGUUUUCAUUAUAUUAAGUACGGGUCUGCGUCAAAACGCUUUAUUUAUGUAGUAGAUGGAUCAAUAUAAUUGUAGAUGCUAUAUCAAAUCAUUAAAAAGUCAAUAUUUAACUGUAUUUUGUACCUUGAUUAUUACAAAAUAAAACUAGGUCAUGUUAAGAUGUAAGUGAUUGGCAAUGAAAGUAUGUAAGGGAGAAAAAAAUAAUUUGUAUUAUGUAGGAAAGUAAUAUUGAUUUAUGGCCUUUUCGGUAGGCUCAAAAUAUAAUGAAAUAAUUGUAAUAAAUUACUGCAAAAUGUAAAUGAGCCAGCUUGUUUUUAAUUGUGACAAAAAGAAAUUAAAAAUGUAUAACCUAAAAAGUAUUCCUUUAAUAUGAUAUUGUGAUAUAAAUUAGAAUUAUCAACCUUCUGAUACGAAAUCUCUUAGUUUACAAAAACAAAAACCUUAUCUUCAGUUUUACAUUUAUCUAUUAUGUUUUUCUUUCAUUGUCAAUAGUAUUUAUAAGCGUAAAUAACAACAAAUCUCAAAAUAAUUUAAAUCUUUUGUAUAACAGUAUUAAUUUUUUUUGUCAUACGACAUUUAAUAGUUAAAACUUAACCGAAUAAAAUUGGUAUUUUAAUCUCACUGACAAGUAUUGCUUUUAUUGCAGUCUUUAAAUUUGUAAACUAGUAUUGUUUAAAAAUCUCGUACAUUAGGUAACCUGGACUGUUUCCUAUGUAUGUUAGAUGUACAGGAAAUAACCCAGUUUAUAUUUAUCAUUGUGACAUUUUGCCUUAAUUUAUUUCAGUAUUUUGGUAUUAAAUACCUUAACUGUAAUGUCUCGCAGAAUCGAUGUUCUCAAUAAAGAUUUUUUUGUGUA